UCUGUUCCGAUUGUUGAGUUUACGGAACUCCAGUUUACUCUUCUGAAAAUCAUAAUUAGCAUUUUCUUCUUGAAUAUAUUCCUAAUUUUGGUGUAUUGGCGAAAAUACGGAGAGAUAAUUACGGAUCGAUUUAUCAGGCCGAGCACCCUAAAGGAGAUCGAGGAGCUGAAGUUAUCUGUCGCGAAGCUUAAACUACCGAAGGAACACUCGCCUCGAAUUUAGGAUGUCGGCAGAGAAGAUAAAGCGAUUUUUUCAGAAGAAAAAGGAGGAGGCGAAAUUCAAGCUGAGUAUUGGAGGUCAAGGUCAUAAACUCAACGCUCCGCCACCGAAUCCAUCCACGUCGCAGUCGCGCAGAACCAGCAAAGAUGCUUACAAGCCACCAAAACGAAAGGAGCUCAGUGCGGAAGCCAGAGCCGCUGCCGAAGCUGCGAUGGCACGUAUACAAAAGAAAGAUACCCGCGAAUUCAAUACAUCUUUAGUAGCGAUAAAAGCCCAAGUAAAACGUGAACUGGAAGCUGAACGAAAACUGAAGGAGGAAGCUGCAGCAAAAUUGGCUGGAGAAUCAAAAGAUAAUGCCAAUCAAUCGGAGAAUAAGAAUCUUGCUUGUCAAGGUGUUUUCUUCCGAUGUCCCUUAAUAAGUGAAGAAAUUUUACCUAAGAAAGAAUGGAAAGCCAAAAUUAAGGAGUUUCUAUUUGAGCAGCUGGAAUUAGAGCGAGGUCUGACGGCAUGUUUGAUUAUACAAAAUUGUAAUGUGAAAGAGAAGGCUGAAGCAUGUGUGGAAACAUUAAAUAAGUACGUUGAAAAUUUGAUCAACCAUCCCGACGAGGAGAAGUUCCAAAAGAUUAGGAUGAGUAAUCGGAUAUUCUGUGAGAAAGUUCGGCACGUUGAGGGUGCCAUUGAAUUCCUCAACGCUGCAGGAUUCAUCGAGAGUGAAAUUGAUGGGGAACCAUUCUUUGUUUGGUCAUCAGAAAAUAUGGAAGGUGGCAUGGAUUUAUCGGUCCUGCAAGAUGCCCUCAAUUCAGCUGAACCAAUCGCUUUAGAACUAGAUCGUAACAUUCAAGUCCUUUUACCUUCCCAAGCUCGACGCUGUGAGCUUCCAAAUGAUUUCUACCGUAUUACACCGGAAGAAAUUAAACGCGAACAGCAAUUGAGAUCUGAAGCAAUUGAAAAUGCUCAAAUUCUAAAAACAAAAGCAAUGCGUGAGCGAGAAGAACUGCGAACUAUGAAUAAAUAUCGGUUCGCAUUGAUACGCGUUAAAUUUUCAAAUGGGGUUUAUCUGCAGGGAACAUUUAAUGUCUACGAAAAACUAAGUGAUGUCUAUGAAUUCGUGCAAUCCUGCUUAUAUAAUGAAGCGAUAGAGUUUAGUCUGAAUGCACCGGCAGGGAUUAGAUUUACAGACGAUGAUAUCGAUAAAUCACUUUUUGAUUUAAGGCUGAUUCCAAACACAGUUCUCAUUUUCACAAGUGAUAGUCCGCCUCAACAAGACGGUCAUUAUUUGAAAGAUGAUCUGCUUAUGCUUAUACAAUCUAUAUAAUUGUGGCAAAUUGCAGAAAACCUAUGUCAUGGCCGUGUUUGCAUUUGGUUUAAUACUUUUCUGUUAUCCUUUUUUUUCAAAUGCUGAAAUAUAUUUAUUCCAUUUAUAAA